AGAGGAGAGGACGUCAUGUUGAGGAAACGAAACCUAAGCUUUAUAGAAACCAAAGCCAUCCGACGUGGAAGCAGUUCUCUCUUUCAGGAGAGAAAUAAAUGCAUUUUGGAGCAAAUACUCUGACAGACAGAAACCACAACAAGGAUGGCCUCUGCUAAGACUUCUUGGUCUGAAGAUAACUUUUCAUGUUCCAUCUGUCUGGAUGUGUUCAGCAACCCAGUCACCACACCAUGUGGACACAACUUCUGCAGAACCUGUAUUACUAAGUUCUGGGAUGAACAGGUCCAGUACAAAUGCCCCGUUUGCAACAAGAUUUUCGACAUAAGACCUGACCUACAGGUCAAUACCCUCUUAUCAGAGCUGGCUACUCCGUUUAGAAAGUCCUUACAAGCAAAUGAGCAGCCUUGUGUUGAACCAGCAGAAGUUCCCUGUGACGUCUGUAUUGGGACCCAGCUGAAGGCUGUAAAGUCCUGCCUAGUGUGUUUCACCUCAUACUGCCAAACCCACCUGGAGCCACAUCAGAGAGUAGCAGGCCUGAAGAAACAUCGGCUGGUCGAGCCUAUGGACCGUCUGGAAGACAGGAUGUGUAAGAAACACGACCGACUUCUGGAGCUCUUCUGCCAGACUGAACAGGUGUUUGUGUGUCAGUUCUGCACAGAGGGUGACCACAGGUCCCAUCCUGUUGUACCUCUAAAGGAGGAAUAUGAAGUGAAGAUGGCCCAGCUGGGGAAGAUAGAGGCUGAAGUUCAGCAGAUGAUCCAGGAGAGAAAACUAAAGAUUAAGGAGAUUAAAGCAACAGUAGAACGCAGCAAAUCAGAUGCAGACAGAGAGAUAGCCGAUGGUGGGCAGAUCAUCAAUGCUCUGAUAUGCUGCGUUGAAAAGUGCCGGGAUGAUUUCAACCAAACAGUUAACGAGAAACUGAAAUCCACAGGGAAACAAGCUGUAGAUCUCAUCAAAGAACUGGAGCAGGAAAUAGAAGAUCUGACCAAUAGAAGCUCAGAGGUGAAGCAGCUCUCACACACUAUAGACCACCUCCACUUCCUCCAGGACUUCAGUUCCCUGAAGGAUCCUCCACCCACCAGGGACUGGACGACGGUGGAAGUCCGUCCUCCGUCAUACGUAGGGACCUUGAGGAGAUCCCUGGAUCAGCUGGAGGAGACUCUGAACAUGGAGAUGAAGAAGCUGAGUGAUGAUGAACUGAAAAGGGUCCAGCAGUAUGAAGUAGAUGUGACUCUGGAUCCUGAUACAGCUCAAACCACGCUCAUCCUGUCUGAGGAUGGGAAACAAGUACAUCAUGGAUUUGUAGGGAAGAAACUCCCAGACAACCCUAAGAGAUUUAAAUUCCAUAUAUUUGUUCUCACAAAGCAGAGCUUCUCCUCAGGGAGUUUUUACUUUGAGGUCCAGGUUAAGGAACAUACUGCAUGGCGUUUAGGAGUGGCCAAAGAGUCCAUCAACAGAAAAGGUCGGAUAAUAGUGACCCCUGAGAUGGGCUACUGGACUCUUUACUUCAACAAGGAUGGGUUGGUAUUUCAGGAUAACCCUGCUGUCCAUGUCCCUUUGAGAGCUGAGCUCCAGAAGGUGGGGGUGUUUGUUGAUUAUGAUGAGGGACUGGUCUCCUUCUAUGAUGUGGAAGCCAGGGUUCAUCUCUACUCUGCUACUGGCUGCACCUUUACUGAGCCUCUCCAUCCAUUCUUCGCUCCAUGUUUAUAUGGUGAUCAAGGUAUAAACUCUCCCCCCAUGAUCAUCUCACCUGUCAAUCAAAAAGACUAAGGCCUUUGUUUGAUAAUGAAAUAAUCAAACAACCAAACCUAAGGUUGUUUCCUGAAUGAGAAUCUCUACUAUGUGAGAUCUGAGAUAACUGCAUUAAUGUUGUACUGCUGGAGAAAUCCAUUAGGAAAAUAACCCUUACUAUUAUAAAAUAUAACCCAUUGUAAAUUAUUAGAUUCCACUAUGUUCUUCAACGUGCGAUUUCUCAGUUUUUCUUUUCUUUUGGUUUAGUAAAUGGUUUUAGUUAUUCAAAGUUUUGAGGAUACGGUUGUUUAUCAUAAUCUUUACAUUAGUCAUGAAUGACAACCGAUUUAUAUUUGUAAGUUUUUCUGAUUCACAAAAAAAUUGAAUCUUUCCUUUCUUAGUGGAAUAGAUGUUUUCAGGGGAAAUUGUACAUUACAUUUUUUCACAUUAAACAGGUACUAUUUUCAUUUGUUUUGUCAAAUAUUUUUCUUCUUUGAAAAGAGAGUUCUCUGAAACAUAAUAAAAUAAAUCCUAUUCUCUCCGAGGGCUUUGUGUGAAGAGCCGCUGUACUCCAACGUCUGGCCCAAUGUAGGACUAGUAGAUAGAGAGUAGUAGAGAGUGUGAAGUGAACCCUGACCAUUAUAGAUGUUCUAAAUUAUUAGAUAACGUUAUAUUCAUCACUGACUUUUUUUUUCUCAAAUUAUUUAAAGGUUUACUGCUACACAAUGGUUAAUGGUUGCAGUUACGUGCAGCAUGUUUUGAGGAUUAAUGUGUAUAAUCAUCUAAACAUAACUAUAUCGGAAUUAAGAAUGAUUAUCAUGGAAACACAUUUUUGAUUUAAAUAAAAAUGGGGAAAAGGUGAUUAGUCAAUGACUUUUAAUCUCCACCAUACAGCAACCUAACACAUUUUCCACACUAACCAAAAGGUCAGAGUGACUACAUGUGACGGCUCUCCCCAUCUUUGUGAGUACGGUGACUUUGUCUUGUCAGCUCUUCUCUCCUCUCCAUAGUUUCUCCUCUCUCCUUCUUCUCUCUCCUCUUCCUCCUCUCCUAUCCCUGCACUCCUUUCUAGCUCAUCCAGGAUUGUCUUAAGUAUUGUCUUGCAUAUACAUUACAUGUGUGUAAAUAAUACCCGUUUGCCAUUUCUGUGCUAUAGUAUACUACCUGUACCCUGGCACAUACAAGCAGCAGUCCCAUAAUCAGUGUUAUGAGCGACACCCAGUGGCGGGAGCGGGUAUCACCACAGAGGGGCGGGACGUUCUUAGUGUCCCCUAAUGCCUAAUCCUACUAUUUUGUAGUACAUCAAAUUUGACUAUUCAAUAGUGUGAGUAAUAUUGUUUUUCUUUUGUAUUUUAUUGCAUGAUUAAGGAAAAACUACAGCCACCUGCCACUAAUUAAUGAAUGGCCUUCUUUAUUACCUCACAUGGGCUCAGGGCCGACGGACUGGAGGGCAGGCUUG